ACAUCACUCUCUUUAAAACAACCAAAACAAGCAAACAAUGAAAAUCUUGAUUCUACUUAUAACACUCAUAGUAAUCUCAGAGCUUUGCGCUGUGGAUGCAUGUCGAUCAUAUUGUGGAAACAUAACCGUGGAUUAUCCGUUUGGAAUCCGAAAUGGAUGUGGGCAUCCAAGUUAUAGAGAUCUCUUGUUUUGUAUGAACGAUGUGUUGAUGUUUCACAUAAGUUCAGGUUCUUAUAGAGUCUUGGAUAUUGACUACGCGUAUCAGUCCAUAACGCUGCAUGAUCCUCAUAUGUCGACUUGCGAGACCAUUGUGCUCGGUGGCAAAGGCAAUGGCUUUGAAGCUGAGGAUUGGAGAGCUCCUUACUUCAAUCCUACUUCUGAUAAUGUCUUUAUGCUGAUUGGAUGUUCUCCUAAAUCUCCUAUUUUCCAAGGCUUCCCCGAAAAGAAACUGCCAUGUCGCAACAUCUCUGGAAUGAGCUGCGAAGAAUACAUGUCGUGUCCAGCAUGGGACAUGGUCGGAUACAGACAACCGGGUCUAUCGUCCGGGUCGGGUCCACCCAUGUGCUGUGGGAUCGGAUUCGAAUCCGUAAAAGCGAUUAAUUUAAGUAAGUUGGAGUGUGAAGGAUACAGUAGUGCAUACAAUCUUGCACCGUUGAAACUUAGAGGACCUUCUGAUUGGGCUUAUGGUAUACGAAUUAAGUACGAGCUACAAGGAAGUGACUCGUUUUGUCGUGCGUGUGUUGCAACCUCCGGGACAUGUGGCUACGAAUCUGCCGAUGGUGGUGGGCUUAGGCAUGUUUGCAUCUGUGACCACCACAAUUCUACCACAAACUGUGACUCAGUUAUAACACCAACCGUUGCAUCUUCAAGUGUUCGACCAAAAACAAUUGGAUCACUGAUCUUCUGCUUCAUCACAAUGAACAUAAACUUUCAGAGAAGAGUUACCCAUUGAAAUUAAAUAUCGAACUAAGCCUUCCAUUAUUAACCGUUGCUUAAUUUCUCAUACUUUUAAUUUCAUUGUAUGAAACUAUUAUGAAACGUUUUUGUGUAUACUCCCACGAAAUUUUGAUUUGUAUACCAAAACUUGUAGACCGUCAACUGUAUUUAUAACUACUCGAAAGUCAUUCUAAUAUCAUCAAAAGAUAGACCGUCAACUGUAUUUUAUAA